GGAACGGCCAUGAUUGCAUCAUGAGGAAUAACGUCUGCUUAACCUAGAAUAAAAACAAAACCCACCCACGACUCCUCCACAGCACGAUGGAAAAAUAGUCGUUCGAAUAUUUACGAAAUUGAUUAUAUUAUUAGUAUAGUAAAAACCCAGAUAUUCCGAUAUGAUUGAGUCCUGUUCGAAAAAGCGUAUGCUCUUGGGUAUAACUUUGCUGGGAGGGUUAACGAUUCUAGUUCUGAUUGUCGAGAGCCAUUGGACUGAUACAACUGGGGGAAAAGUGUUUGUUGAAAAUGUUGAAUCGAAUUCUACCUGUCUAUCUGGUGAAGACUUCAAAAUAAUCUCAGAGUGCCAUCCUUGCUCCGCUUUUGAAAUUGCCAGUCAGAGUAUUGGAGUUUGUACCAAAGCGAGAUAUAAGGAAAUUAUUGAGUGUAAAUCUGGAGAGAAAAUUACUAGGAGCUGUGACAGAGUUGCAUGGCUGGAAGAGAGAACUUUUUGGAAAUUUGAGAGUAUCACGUUUGUUGGAGCUAUAUUGUCCUGUAUUGCUGUAUUUUGGAGGGAGAAUAUUCUCAGACAGAGAGUUAUAAGGAAAGUUGCAAGACAGCUGAGAGGAAGCGUCUGAUUAUCUACCGCAGCACAAUGGCAAAAGUUUAUUUAAAAGUAUUCUCAGUGAAUGAAUUGUGCCAGGUGCCUAUCGAAACUCUUGUCACACUGUUUACAAUAAAGUAUUGUAACUCAGAUGUGCAAAUAAGACUGGUUAGAGAUGCUAAUGUCAAUGCAGAGAACUCUUUUGUUGUAGACAUUUCUACAUUUCAGUAUGAGUUUAUAGAAUACAGCAAAGUAUCUGAAAUUGCAAGUUGUUGCGAGUUGCCAAACUUGGAGGAGAAUGACAAAAGUUGCAUAGCAGGUCUGUGUGCAACUCUCAGGCAAAUCAUCAGAAAUAUGCUAGUUACUGAUCCAGAACACUAUUCUAGAAGUCUGUUAGGUUUCAAAGAAUCUUGCUUAUUGGCUUGCUCUGAAGCAAGCAUCUGGACAAGGUUUUGCGAGGUGGACAUUGUUUCAACGUUGAAGUCCACAUUUGAACAGAAUCAAGAUGGAAUUUUGCCAAUGAGUCUUGCUAGAUUUGAGAAACACAUGUCUCAGCCUGUAAGAUUACACAAUAUUUACAAGUAUACAAUGUCCAAGAAGUUUACCAAUAAUGUACAGCAAGAUAAGAGUACACUUCCGGAGCAUACUUUUGCAGAAGGUUUAACGCUUACUCUAGCAGAUAUCAUUAUUUUUAUAUGUAUCCACACCCUUUUUACUUUCAUCGACAGGAAGCAGAUUCGCGACAUUAUUCCACUGACAAUGAAGUGGUACGAAAAUAUGCUCACAGAUGAGCACAACCUCAGAAGUUUAGAUAUACUGUGCAUUGAGAACUCUUACAACAAAGGCGUGAUGGUCAACUACAGUCUCCCUCAUACUGAAAAUCAAAGUUUGUACAAAAGCGAUCCCAAGAGGUACAAGCCCAGAAGCCGCAUUUACACGCGUCAAGAUGACAUAGACUACUCGUUGGGAAAAAUAAAGGAUCACGAAGUACCUGUUAAAUUGGACGAUUUGUUUGGCCAAGAAAAAAUAGUAGACUGGUCUGCCAUUCCACACGAAGCCACACCGGCGGGAGGCGACUUGCCAAAUACCCGAUUGCAGCGAAAAUUUCAACAGCUAGAAAGUCUGUGUAAACCCGUUUUAAAACUUGCCAAAGAUGGUGACACUAUUGUUGACUUCUGUUCAGGUGGUGGUCACCUAGGAAUUCUCUUGGCCUACCUACUGCCCAAGUGCAAUAUAAUUUUACUGGAGAACAAAGCGGAGUCGAUGAAGAAAGCCAAGGACAGAGUAGUCAAGCUAUCACUCAACAAUGUGAUAUUCUAUCAGAGUAAUUUGGACUACUUUAAGGGCCACUUUGACAUAGGCACUUGUCUGCACGCAUGUGGAGUAGCUACAGACCUGGUUCUUCAGCAGUGCAUCGAUAAAAACGCAGCUUUUGUCUGCUGUCCAUGUUGUUAUGGAUCUGUUCAAGAUUGCCAUCGUAUAGUCUACCCUAGGAGUCAGGUCGUGAAGGAUGUACUUGACAACAGAAGCUACCUGGUGUUGGGUCACUCCGCGGACCAGACACACGACGUUGAAAACGUUAAGACGAAGCAGGGGUACGAGUGUAUGAUGGUCAUCGACACGGACAGGAAGAUGCAAGCUGAGGAGAACGGGUACCAGGUUUACUUAAACAAACUCACGCCCGAGACUUGCUCUCCUAAGAAUCACCUGCUGGUUGGCUGGCCAAGUCGGCUGAGAAAUUAGUUUUCUGCGCCGUUGUUAAUUUUGGAAUACAUGAGAAAUAUAAUACAUAAUUUUUUAACAAAAUAAAAA